AUGGAAAAAUUUGAACAUUUCAAGAAUGACUGUGUAAAAUCAGAUAAUAUAAGAUCUGAUGGUGUAAAAGUGGAUAGUAAUGUGAGAGUGGAUAGUAAUGUGAGAGUGGAUUGUGGUGAGAUAGUUGAGUUUAUAAAGAGUUUGAAUGAGUCGGUGAGAGAUAAAAAAGUGACUGACUUCCACCAACUUCUGGCAAAUAUUAACUCGUCUGAGAUAAAGAAUUUGAAUAUAGUUUUGAGGAUUUAUUUAAUUUUGGAAAAAGUUGAGAAAUAUUUCCAGUUUCACGAUCCUAAAAACUUUACCAACUGCCGAUUCGGCAAUAAAGCCUUUUCAACCCUAAUCCACCAAUUACAAUCUGAGAUAGAUGACAUAUUUGUCGAAUUUGGAAUGGUAAUAACUGAUGAAAAUUUAUAUAAUAAAGCGAAAAAACAUUUUUUAAACUCGUUUGGUAAUGCCACAAGAUUAGAUUUCGGAACAGGAAAUGAGUUAGAGUUUGUAUAUUUCCUAAGAGCGUUAUAUUUAUCAAAUUUACUCACAGAAUCACAUUUCCCAGCACUAUCACUACUAACUCUCAACAAAUAUUUUGAGGUAUGUCGAGAGGUGAUAGAGCGAUACACGUUGGAGCCUGCGGGAACAAAAGGAGCUUGGGGAAUUGAUGAUUACCAAUUCCUACCCUUCAUACUCGGCUCCUCACAACUCAUCAACUCAUCCCUUAACCCCAAACAUUGUUUGGACGUGGAGUUUCUGGUAAAAUACAAGCAAGACUACCUCUUCAUGAGAGCCAUGGAAUAUAAAAUCAACAUGAUAAGGGGCGUGAGUUUGGAGAUGGCUUCGCCGAUGAUUUGUAAUAUAUUAACUUCUUGCGCUUGGGAGAAGAUUAACUACGGACUCUUUCAGCUCUACAUCAACGACGUCCAACGACUCAACGAAAAAAAAAUCGUCACACAAUAAUCACACAAUAAUUUUAAUAAUUUUAAUAAUUUUAUAAACUAAUAUUAAUAUUUUACACGACAA